AUUUUCAAAAUGAUUCGGAGUGUUAAUAAUAUAUUUUUAAGUAUGCGUUCUGUUACACCAGGACAUCGUAGUACUCGGCAGAAACACCAGAUGCCCGAGCAUCUCAAGAAAGUGGAAACGUCCAAGAACCCUCGUCUAUCAGAUAUAGUUAUGUACAACUAUCACAGGGCUGCCCAAAUCAUGGAAGACGAUUUAGUCAAGUCAAUGGAUCAGUAUGCUCAUUUCAAGCCGGCUGAAAAACAGGCACGAGUGACUGCCAUUCUGAAUCUCAUAGGCACCGUAACUAGCUCGCUUGAGGUGAGCUUUCCCAUUAUCAAGAACAACGGCAGCUAUGAGAUCAUAACUGGCUACCGGGCCCACCACGUGCGCCACCGUUUGCCCCUGAAGGGCGGAAUUCGCUUUGCCAUGGAUGUGAGUGAGCAUGAGGUAAAGGCAUUGGCGGCUAUUAUGACAUUCAAGUGCGCCUGCGUCAAUCUGCCCUUCGGUGGCUCCAAAGGUGGCGUUAGAAUCGAUCCCAAGAAGUACACAGUUAAGGAAUUACAGACAAUCACUCGCCGCUACACCAUGGAGCUGUUGAAGCGCAAUAUGAUUGGCCCUGGCAUUGAUGUGCCUGCUCCGGAUGUCAACACUAGUCCGCGCGAGAUGAGCUGGAUCGUGGAUCAGUACACCAAGACAUUCGGCUACAAGGACAUCAAUGCGGCCGCAAUAGUUACGGGAAAGCCCGUGCACAUUGGUGGCAUCAAUGGAAGAUUUGCGGCAACUGGUCGGGGAGUGUGGAAGGCAGGCGACUUGUUCUUGCAGGAUAAGCAGUGGAUGGAUUUAAUUGGUCUUAAGACCGGAUGGGAAGACAAGAAGAUCAUUGUGCAGGGCUUCGGCAAUGUUGGUUCGUUUGCAGCGAAGUUUGUUCAUGAUGCAGGCGCCAAAGUAAUUGGUAUUCAGGAGUUUGAUUAUUCACUGACUAAUAAUGACGGUAUUGAUAUUAAUGAUUUAAUGGAAUUCAAAUCGGCUAAGAAAACUAUAAAGGGGUAUCCAAAGGCUAAAGAGACCAAACAGAGUAUUUUAACUGCGGACUGCGACAUACUGAUGCCAUGUGCCACACAAAAGGUCAUAACCAGCGAGAACGCAAAGGAUAUCAAAGCAAAACUAAUUCUGGAGGGCGCUAAUGGGCCCACUACUCCAGCUGCUGAGAAAAUUCUACUGGAGAAGAAGGUGUUGAUCAUUCCAGAUUUUUAUUGUAAUGCGGGCGGUGUAACGGUAUCCUACUUUGAGUACCUGAAGAAUAUUAAUCACGUAUCUUAUGGAAAAAUGAACUUGAGGAUAACUUCGCAGCUUAUUCACGAAAUUCUAAAUUCGAUCAACGAAUCGUUUUGUGAGUGCCCUGACAUCCCAAAAGUCGAGCCAACUGAUAGUCUUCAGAAGCUACGCGACUGCGCCAAAGAGGCUGACAUUGUGGAUGCGGCACUGCAAACGGUUAUGGAGUCAUCGGGAGCUGGUAUUAAGGCGACAGCAAUUAAAUUUAAGCUGCAGAAUGACAUACGUACUGCUGCCUAUAUUUACUCAAUAUUCAAAAUAUUCCGCGCUUUGGAAAGCUCCGGUAUAUCACAACAGUAAAUGGCUUAACUCUUUCUACCCUUUUUUCACGACAAGUAUAAAUAUUCGCCGGCGUCUGACACCGGAGCAUCGGACGUAAUAGAAGACUUAAAAUUGAUGAUGAAUGAUAGCAUGCUAAACAACCAAAAAUAAUCAGAAACAUUAUUCUACUCUUGAUGCCUGUUUAUGUAAAAAUCGAAGAUUAAAAAUUUACUGUAAACAAAA